AUGGCACAAAACACUCGAUCUAAACGCAAAGGCGAUCGAAAUGAAACCCCGCCUGCCGAAGCUGCGAACCCACCCAUGAAACUCGUAAAUCCUUUGAGGAAAGAAAAUUGGCCUCGAGAGCCGAAAUCUGAUGAGGAGUUUCUGGAAUGGAUGGAAGCAACGAAAAAGAGCUUAAAGACGUGGUUGCGCGAGUCGCAAGCUUUAGCUCAGGACACUUCGACAAAGGAAUUGGUCAAAGAUUUUAACCGGGGCGUGAAGCGGGAGUGGGAACAGCACAAGGUGUAUACGGACAUACAGACUGGCGAAAUAUAUGAUGAGGAGAAACGGAAGGAGAUGGAAACGGGUAUGCAAAGUCAGAAGGAAGUCCGGGUCAAUUUGCAUGCGACGCACUAUACCUGGCGUAAGUUUGUAGAGUAUCGUAUAGCGCAGGCGGCAUGGGAAGAUUUUCUAUACUAUCAAAGUGUCUGGAAUAGAAAGAACAAAGGCAAGGGUUUCAAGCAGAAACUUGAGACUGUCGCAGAGCGCCGAGCAAUGACACACAAGGAAAAGCAGAAGAGGAAGAAUCCGAUUCGAGGGACAAAGAACGCGGACCUUGUCAAUAGGUUUGAGUUUGAUUCUUCUGGACAAUACAGUUCCGACCACUUGAAUUGGGUGCUACAACUCAUUAAGGUUUUUAAAGGCUUCCACAUGGGCUAUCGUAAAAGAAUGCCCACUGCUGUGGGGCCAGAGGAUGCCCAUCGCUACACAAUGCCCACCCGAGGCACUUCACCUUACGCUAAACGGCUGAGACAUCUUGAAGAACGUUUUCCCAGGAAGAAACGCAAGGUCAUUGACCCUAUCGAAGUGGAGGAAGACUAUCGCAGUAGGUCAGAGAGGCAGAAAGACAAUGAGCUUGGGCGGAAAGACGGGAUGACACCCAUUGAAUGGGCGAUAGAUCAAACUCGUUUUGAGGAGGAGAAAAGAACUAAAGAAGGUCGCGAAAGUGCAGACAGCGAAAGUGACUCAAGAGAAGUGGACGGGGAAUACGCAGGCAAAAAGACAGCGACCAAGUACGCCUUGGAUCGCCGCACUCUAAAGCUACGACCAAAGGAUCACCUACUGCACCACGGCAAUGCAGAAAACGAAGAUGAAGACUCAGACGUACAAAGCAUCAAGAAAGUUAGAUUGCCUCAGUACAGAAAGAAGGGCGACCCAGAAUUGACGAAGCCACACAAAAUACGCUACAAGAAGCAGACGGUUAACAAGCCAGGAAGAAUAUUCGUGUACGAUCGAAACCCUGACGGCACUGUUGUGGGCCGUGACCGCGAUGAGCAAUGGAGUGGCCAUUGGACCGAUGGAGAAGUUGAAACCGAGGAGUUUGUACUGGACGAGGCCGGAAAACGCAUACCAGAUGACCAAGACAUUGGACACAACGUCUUCCAGACCACGACGGCGACGAGCGAAAAGCCCAGAACUACUCGCCGAACCCGUCAUCAAAACGAAAACGUGGCCGGCCAGCUGUCUGGAGAUGAGGACGAGGAGCAAUUAAGAGACCCAAACUUCAAACUAUCGGGAACCGCAAAUCCUGAUCAGGUGGGGAAGCGGAUGGAUGAUGGGGAGUCUAGUGACACUAGAGGAGACGAUGAUGAGAGCGAUGAUGACGGUGACCUGUUCAAACAGUCUUACGAAGAGUGCUCAUGCCCACAUCGCAGGCGUGCGCGGCUUUUGCAUGCAAGAAUGCUAGCAGAGAUUGGCGUGUUACCCCCGUGGAAGGAGGCAAAAACACUAGACAUGAUCAAAAACGGAUCAUACGAAGAUAAGGAUAUCUUCAAAGCCUAUCAAGAGUUGAUGGAGAUGCUAGACAUAUGGACGACAAACUCCAGGAGGCCCAGGAAGUACACGCGGAGUUGCAUGAAGACUAUGGGAUUGUCCCAUCUGUCAAGGUCCAGAACGUACUGGAUCUUCUUGAGAAGAAAUAUACUCAGGACGGUAUCGAGCAAACCUAUCGGCAAUUCAUCCGGGACUUCGAGGAUCUGGCCUACAAGAAGUUGA